AUGAUCCUCAGGCGCCUCGCUGGCCGCUUUCUGCAACUGGCCUUACUCUCGAACCUCGCGUUCUCGUCGACGGUGGCGCGUUGGAGUGUCGCGUGGUGGUUGUCGCCCUGUGUUUGCACACUGAUCGUGUUCCCAUCGAGCAGCCAGCAAUGGUCCUUGCUGGGCUUGAGCCUCUGGCCGAGCCAGGCCGCUGUGAAGCCGUUGGAUGGAUUCGAUUUGAGCGGAAAUUCAAUCUCCAGGGUUCUCAACUUCUUUCCCACCCCGGUGCAAGAGGAGUGCCUAUCGCAGGACAAGCGGCGCCGCGGCGUAUGCAUGAACACGUAUGAGUGCCGCAUUCAACGGGGGAAGUCCCAUGGACGGUGCGCCCUCGGUUUUGGCGUGUGCUGCAUAUUCACAGCAACCUGCGAGCAGGAGGUGCAGAAUAAUCUGACUUACGUGAUCAGCCCCGGUUUCCCCAACCUCAUUGACUGGCCCAUGAACUGCUCAGUGGUCGUGCAGAAGAUCGAUAGGCAGGUCAGCCAGCUAAGGAUCGAUUUCGUCCACUUCAACAUAGGUCAACCCGACUCCAGGACUGGUGUAUGUGACGAAGAUAUCAUGGAAAUCAGAAAUGGCAGGAGCGUGUUUCAAAUGUGCGGCUGGAACAGCGGCCAGCAUCUAUACAUAGACUUGGAGGAGGACGAUCAGUCGCUGACUCUGGACUUCCGGCUGCCCCGUAGCCUGCAGCCCAGGAUGUGGGAGAUGAGCAUCGUUCAGCUGGGCUUCGAGCAGCGCGCCCCUAGCGGCUGCUUACAGUACUUCCAGAGUGCCAACGGCACGCUGAAGACCUUCAACUUCUUGUCCAAUGGGAGGUUCCUGGCUGACCAGGACUACUUGCUCUGUAUCCGGCAGGAGAGAGGCAUGUGCGGCAUCUCGUACUCACCCUGCUCGCCUGACUCCUUCCGAAUUGGCCCAGCCAGGAUGCAGAUGACGAAUAACACGAGCUUGAAUGCCUCGAACGUCGACGAGGGCCUGAAUGGGAAUUCGACUGCUCAGAACGCGACUGAUGCUGGGUCUGUGAAUGGCACCGACGUCGAGGGAUCUGGAUCCAGUUCAGUAGAGGAUGCCGGUGUAUCGGUGAACAGUAGUAGUCCCAUGGAAGAGGAAGUCCCCUCGAUCAACACGGUUUAUGGACAGGAACGAUGCAGGAAUAGGGUGCUCAUCCCCUGUGACUUCGAGGAAUUUAUCACGCCUGGCAACAACGAGGCCGGGAUUUGCAACCUUGAACACUGCGGCAACUCGCUGUGCGAUCGAAACGAGCUGGACGAAGAGGGUAACUGCCGCGUGGAGACCUGGGCAACGCCCUUUCGUAUCAGGGUGGCUUUCGGCCCUGGACAGGAUACCGGGACCACGCUCGAGGACAAUAUUGGCAUGUGUCUCGUGUACGAACAACUACCCUGCGUCGCCUGA